CAUAAUGGUAGAUACAAAAGUGGGAAACAGGCUUUCGUUUUGCAGCAUCAUAACAAUCCAUUGCUAUUUUCACCACAUGCGUUUAGAAGAACGAAUAUAGUGUCAAGGGCAUGAUAUAAAAGGGAAUAGGAUUAAUAAUCAAUAACAAUGUACUGUAUGGGUAUCAAGAUAUAACAGAAGCAAAUGUUCAUAUACGCUGGACUUGUUUUUAAAGAACUUAGAAAUAUUAUUAUUAAAUUGAAAACUAAUACGUAGUUAGCUAGCUAGCUACAGAAGCUAGCUAUACAUUUAAGCUAAGCUGGGUAGAUGUAGCAUGAACCCAACCUCAUCAAAAUGGAUAGAAGAUUUCAUGGUGAUUGUUUUUCUUUUGUUAUUCCCUUUUGUUCUUAUGGUGGAUAUAAAGAAGAAGACAGGAGGUGAUAGAGUUUCUGUGUCACUAAUGAGAACUAAAAGAGGGCUAAAAGAUGGUAAAGGUGUUCCUACAGAAAACUUAAAAGGGAGACCUGGACAAGGUUAUUAUAUUGCUGUAGAAUUAGGGACUCCGCCACAAAGGAUUAACGUAUUGGUUGAUACUGGUAGCAGUAAUUUUGCAGUUGCUGCAAAGUCUCAUCCAUACCUGCCAAUAUAUUAUCACCCUGAGAAAUCUUCAACGUUUGUUGAUAUGGAUCGACCUGUUGCUGUACCAUAUACUCAAGGGAAUUGGCAAGGAGAACUUGGCUCUGAUUUGAUUCGAUUUAUUGAUGCUCCCAAUGCUACUAUUCGAGUAAACAUUGCCACCAUAGAGAGCUCUGAAAACUUUUUUAUUAAUGGAUCAAAUUGGGAGGGCAUAUUGGGUCUCGGCUACGCUCAUCUAUCAAAGCCUGACAGUAGUGUGACACCUGUCUUCGAUCAAUUUGUCAUUGAAGGCGUUGUUGACGACACGUUCUCUAUGCAGUUGUGUAGUAGUUCUGAAUUGGAUCCAUCAGCUGAACCAACAGUAGCUGGCACUAUGGUUUUUGGUGAAGUUGACGAUGACUUGUAUAAAGGUGACAUGCUUUACACGCCCAUCGUCAAGAAAUGGUAUUACGAAGUCAUCAUAACAGAUAUGGCUGUGAACGGAAUUAGCCUCGGUUUGAACUGCAAGAAAUACAACUACGAUAAGACCAUCGUCGAUAGUGGCACAACUAAUUUAAGAGUUCCUGAAGAGGUUUUUAACUUGAUUCUUGUGCAGCUGAAGAAAUAUGACAAGCUUGGUGUCCCCGACGAAUUUUGGAUAGGGCGUCAAAUGAUGUGCUGGAAUUACGACAAGACUCCUUGGGAAGAAUUCCCUGACAUGUCAAUUUCGUUGAUGUCAUCAAUAAGCAGUGCGAAGGAGUUCACUUUGAAAAUUCCACCGCAGUUGUACCUAAGAGAAACGAUCGAGCGAGGUCCUCUUCCCGGCCAACAUUGCUAUAAAUUCGCCAUUACGAAAGCUGAGAAAGGCACAGUGAUUGGUGCUGUCAUUAUGGAAGGAUUUUACGUCGUGUUCGAUCGCGAAAAUGUUCAAGUCGGUUUCGCUGCAACCACGUGCGGAGCGGAAGGUCGAUUAAACCCCAGAUCGGAAGUGCUGGGACCAUUCAACAGAGCUGAUCCUGUGGAUUGCGAGUACAUCGAAACAGAACAAGCAGAUAGCGCCCUGUUGACAGUGGCGUAUGUUAUGGCGGGCGUAUGUGGUUUGUGUCUCUUGCCAGUAUUCAUUUUACUUGGACAAGCUUCUUGUAGAAGAAGAGAAAGAGACGUGCCAUUACAACGAGAUUUCUAGGGCGGCGAAUAGACUUGAGUUUUUUACAGCCUCUUCUUAUUUUGUGUAUUAUUCUUUGUGUUGUGUGCAUCACAUAUCGAUGUACAAAUAUACAGUUUUGUUAUGUGUUCAGUUUGUAUGGAAAGGUGCAGCGUCAGCGUUUUAUAGCGAAACAUAUAAAAAAUUUAUAAUGAUAUUUUUAAUAUAUAUAUAUAUUUUAGAGAUACUCUUUAUAUUGUAGGAGCAGCGGUCUAAAUGUGAGAUAAUAAGCCUCGUAACGGCCACUCAAGUUUUUUUAAGGCGUGAAGGAGGGGAGAAUCAAUAAAAAAACUUGUUGGGGCUGACGCACUAGGGAAAUUGAAAUUUUAAGCCUCUGGAUUGGCUAAAAACGCAUCCUCUGUGUAGCAAAGUCUCCGAUGUUAACAAUAAAUUGCAAGAAUUUUUAAGGGAACCGUGCCCCUCUCUUUUCCCCUUCCCUUCUUUGUCCCCUAGACUGCUACGGUACAGUAAUUGUAUUGCUCUUUGAUAUGUUUUUAUAUAUUGCCUUCUAUAUGUUUAGUAAUAAAGAUAUAAAAAUAAAGAUAUAUAGUUUGUAAUUAAUGUUUUAAAAUGAAAGAGAAUAGAUUUAUUUAGAGAACAUGAGUAUGUACCAUCAUGGUAACUUCUUACAAAAAACGCCUUUUAUUAUAAUUUUCAACGGAUUUUGCUUGGUGCAUACUUCGCUUUAUAUAGAUCACUUCCUGUGCGAUAUAAUUCUUCGAUUUUGCGUUAAGAACCAUAACAUACGUAUUACUUUAUGUAGGUGGAGAAUGUAAACAAUAGACGACAGAGGUAGAAACGAAAUAUCCGCCUAAAAUUUAAUGAAUCUUUUCUUUUAAAAGAAAAUAGGUAAAAAAAUUAAUUUCAGAUGGAUUUAAACAACAGCCUGUUUAUUCCAUAUUUUCCUACAAGAAUUUGUGCGUAUGGACGAUAAUACGAAAAGUUUAGUAAACUAACAUUGGCAAGUCGUCUCCCGAAGUUUUUGUGUGUGCUUUGGCCCACUCGCCUUUGUUUAUUCCAAAAACUUUCGCGAUCAAUAAAAAUAA